GACAGAGAGAGAGAGAGAGAGAGAGAGAGAGAAUGAAGCCUAAGGUUAGAGGGCACAAUAAGAAUCCAGCCCUUAGGGUUUAGCUGUGGCCUCAGCUUAAAAAGGAGGCCAUAACCUAAGCCUGGACUCUAGUGGUGGCCUUCGUAAUCUGGUGCUGCGUCUCGUCUGAGGAGCUCUUCUUCGAUUUCGUCCCUAAUUCGCUGUAAAACUUUGGAUUUUGAGCUCGCCGUCAUCGUUAUCGUCCUUGGUUCGUUCUCCAAUUGCUGGAAAGACGUGAGGUCAAACAUCAUGCCGUGGGUGUCGUCCCUCCCGAUUCAUUACGACGGCAAUAAGAAGCGUGCUUGCCUAGUUGUCUUUUCCCGUGUUAUUGUGUAACACGAACUGAAGCCGAUUGUUUGGUUUAAUGACUCAAUUAUAUUGGAUUUGAAGUGGUGAUAAUGUACAUUGAGCUCGACUUAAAGAGAUACUGCACUGUGGAGGAAGUUGGGGAAAUCAUAAUGAACGUUAGAAUCAUUGCUUUCUAUCAAUUGAUGCAAUUUUGUCAGGCUGAGUACUUCCGCCAGUUGCUUAAGCCUGUAACGUAGUUUCAAAGUAAGCUGGGCUAUAAUAUCCUCUUUAGUCAUCGAUCUGCCAUAAGAAUAAUGAUAGAUGCAAGAUUGGGAAGAUAAUACAUUGGUGACAUAUAAUUUGCUACCACACAAUCUUUUCUAAAGUGAUAAUCUGGUAAGAUAUUCGGAAGCACAUAGUAACUUUUGGAGACACAAAAGGUGUCAACUAGCUUAGUUGAUAAAUACUUUGAUAGUCUAUCGCAAGGUCUUGAGACUGAAUCCUGUCUUGGUCACUUACUCAAAAAAAGAAAAAAAGAAAAUUGGAGACACAUUUGAAAGCCAUAUACUUCUGCCUGCUGAAGACCAUCCAACCAUCCCCAUUUCGGCAGCAAAGGAUCCAAUAAUCUUUUGUCUCCAUGCACGGAGACCCAAGAUAUUUUGCAGGAAAUGUACCACCCGCUCAUCCAUAUGAAGUGGGUGGCUACACCUAUAACAUCUAUACCAAUGGUGUUCCUACCCUUACCUUUGGUGCUGCUCAACCUGGGAGAAAAUAUGAAAUUCCUGGUACAUUUAGUAGAUUCAAGCACCAACUCUCUGAAACCUGCCCCAAGAACUUCAUUUUUAAUCAGAUGGACAACACAGAUCGGGUCAUGUCCCACCCUGCUCUGGUUCACGAGUUUGGUUCCUCAAACUUCCAUGUUGGUGCUGCAUGUGUUGAAGAAUAUGGCAAAAUCAUUGGCAGAAAUACUGAUAUUAAAGAAGAAUGUUCAUCAUCUUUCAAAGAAGACACUGAAGAUAUUAAUGCACUGCUUAGUUCAGAAGAAGAAAAUGAUGAAGAUGACGAUGUAAUCAGCACCGGUAGGACUCCUGUCUACAACCAGGAUGACAAUUUCCCAGACUCACCACGCUUCAUGGAAGAUCUGGGAUGUCACACAUUGGGAAAUGCUUCCAGUCACAAGUCAACUUUGAACAGUGCCGAUAGAAAGAGGGAUAGGAUGAAAAAGAUGGUCGAAGCUCUCAGGGGCAUUAUACCUGGCGGAGAUCAGAUGGACACGACGGUCGUCCUUGAUGAAGCUGUUAGAUAUUUGAAAUCCCUCAAGUCAGAAGUUGAGAAACUCGGAAUACAGGACCUUGAUGACUAAAUUCAUGGGAAUUCUGAUUAUCCUAGUUCCAUUGCUAGAGAAUAAAAGAAGAGGCAUCGUAUUGGAGUUCCAUAUAACAAAGUAGCCAUAUUACUAUUCUCUCUCUGCAAUGCCUAUCCAAGGAAAGGACCAUCUUUUUUUUAUUGUGUUGGUGGGCCUUUGUUGUUGCCCAUGAUGUUAUGAUUCUGAAGUGUGAGGUUUGUGUUCUCAGAGGUGUCUUUGUGUCUCCCUCCUUUAAUAUGUCUUUACGUUCUUAGGAUGUUAUCUGAUGUUAUCAUGUUGGCAAGUACUUUCUGAUGUCUGGUCAUAGCACUCCCUAUAUUUAUAGCUCCACUUCAUUUUAAGUGGGCAUCCUUUUCAUUCA